AGCAGUAGCAUUAUUUUGUUUAUAAACUCGCGUGCUAGUUUCACUUAUUUCAUUACUGUGGGAUUAUAUAUAAAUGAUUUACAAGUUUUCUAGUUACCGUGAAUUGAUUAUUUGUCCCAUAAAAAUAUUAUCGUAGCAUCAACGGCAAUCAACAUAAAAAUGUCCCGCGUAACCAGGAUCAAACACGUCCUCAAAGAGCAGGAAACCAAUGAGUUUGAUAUUCCAACAGAAAAUCAAACGAUUGUACGGGUGAUCGCAAGCCGGGGCAAUAAUCUGCACGAGGUGGAAACACCGGUCGAAGGCGCGGAACAUUUCCUCGUGUCAAUGCCGGUUAAGUUCCGCAAAAAUGUUUGGAUCAAGCGGGGAGACUUUGUACUGGUCGAACCGAUCGAAGAGGGCAAUAAGGUGAAAGCAGAAAUUUGUCGUAUUCUCACGGCGGAACACAUAAAGGAGUUUGAGAAAGAAGGCGUGUGGCCCAAACGGUUCACCAAGAAACGCGAACAUGAAGACGAUCUCGACGAGGAUGGCCUGGUUCGGAACACCAACCGGCAGUUGGCCGAAGAUGACGACAGCGAUGAUGAGAGUGAGGACGGAAGCGAAGACGAGGAUUGAUCAUCGGAACGAGAUGCUGUUCCAGGAUUAUGGAUUUCUCUAUGAAUCGAACUGAAUUUCCACAGCUAAAUAUAAUAAAUUUAUUCUUGUACAGAGAGGCAGAAACAAGCUUCGUUUCUUUGCUUUUUUAUUUACAGUAAUGUAACAUUCUCUUUAUGUAGAAUAAAUAGUUCAAAAAGGUUGCAAUUCUUCAA